AUGAAUAGGACCUUCGCCAUCAUCAGUCCCCAUUUCCAGAACUUCAAGGAAGAUGACUGGUUUGCUUGGUUCCAUCUGAAACUGGUCCUUGUCCUCCCAAGUUUCACUCCAAUGAUGCUCGAGAACGCAACCUCAAACAUAAACUGCACAAACUACCAUGUUGUAGUGAGUGGGCUGGCCGGAGCUUUCUGCGCUAUGCCGUUACAUAGACGACAAGGAAUCGCAGACGUUCUGCUGGGCUACUUGAGAAAAUCUGCCGGUGUCAUCAACAAACCGGUUUGCAGGCAGGAAAUUGACAAUGAUGCAGAAUGGCUUGAGUCAAACUUGGGUCCAUUUUCCCUGUACACAACAUACUCUGACCUCAACGUCUUCAACCUCUCUGUGGUGACAAUACUAGACUAUCUUUCAUCAAGACAAAAAGCUGAAUUUCUCCUUGAACCAAACAACUUGUCCAAUGAAACCCUUGUGAGACUUGUGUUUACAGAACUUACUGCUCUCUCAACAAGUGUGGAAGACCUUGACUCUUUCUUUGAUAAUUUUGUCAGAGGUGCUUCAGAGCAAAACCUGACAACCAUUGACCCAAGAGUGCGUGACACCAUUCUAAAUCUGACAUUGAUGGCACUUGCACCAAAACUACCCAUGUUAGAUGCUGAGGGAAUCAAGUUAUGGUUCCAGGUCUAUCUACCUCUGUUCCUCCCAAGCAUUGGUUCAAGCACAUUUGAAGUUAUUCCAAGAAAUAUCCGCUGUGACUCCUUUCAAGAAAUUGUCAAGGGGUGCGACAAUGUUUUCACUCAACUCUCCAUGAUGCAGACCCAACAGGUUUUCACGUUCAUAAUGGACUAUCUAAGCAGAUAUUCCUCCUCCGGCGUCUCAUGUGUUGAAUCUGUAAUUGAAGACAGACGUUGGCUAGAAGACAACUUUGGUCGGUUCCGUGUGCUUGCCUCGUACAUAGAUUUUGUGACACUGAACAACAAUUUCAAUGGAGUGGAGGUUGCAGAUCUUCUCACUCUCACUCAGCUGGCCCAGCUCGCAGCAACUCCCUCACAGCUAAAGACAACGCAAGAUGUGACAAAAAUCAUGACAGUCAUCAACCCUGUUGACUUUGGUGCUUUCUUUGACAUAGUGUCACCGGCCAUUAAGAUCCACCCAACCAACUACACAGAGGAGGUGAAAUCUGCCUUCCUCCAGGAAGUAUUUGACAGAGGGAAUCUGUCCUCUUUAGCCAUCAAUGACACAGAGUUCCUGCUGUGGCUCAGGGUUCGGCUGAGCCCUCUCCUGGUAAACCUCUCUCCACGCCUGGUCACACCUUUAUUUGACAUCGUGGAGAACAGAAGUUGUAACAGCAGCCAAGAGACGAUUAGAUUGUUGGACACGCUACAUGUGACACUCACCAACAACACCCAAAGGGAGAUCUACAGAAGGAUCCUCCUGUUCCUCCAAGGUCCAACGCCCCUGAAGUGUUACAGAGGUGGAAGCUUCUAUAUCUAUCUAAGAAACACUUUCCUCAGCUUUGGCUUCCCAGAUUUGUCCAUGUUCAAGUCUCUUCUGCCACAGACACGCAAGUCAGAGCUCCUAAGUACCAUCAGCACCACAGAGCUGUUUCAGUUCCUUAGUCAACCCGAUGUGAUUAGUAACGACUCUGACAUCUGUGUCAUCUUCGACAACUACAACAACACUCCUGCCUUCCUAGAAACUGAGGAUGUUCCAGAUAAUGUGAAAAUGGUGACGCUCCCCUGUGUUUGGCACUUGGCACUGAGCAGCAACAGCAGAUCUGAAGUUAACUCCUGGUUUGACGUACGAUUGAGGAACUAUCUUAGAUUCCUCAGCAAGAGCCUCAUCAGCUUCAACGAAGUGCAGAAUGCUUCAUGUCUCGCCCUUCAGAAACUAGUCUAUGUAACGGGAAAUAACUUUACGUACAACUGCGCUGAGUUUGGACGGGGUGAUGUAUACACCACCAUCAGGACUUACUUGACAACUGGCUCUGAAGUCAGAUGCUACAAUGCCAGUGAUUCAGAACUCAGUUCCACCGCCUGGUUUGUCAAUUACAUUGGCAAUUUUGUGACAUUUAUCACUCUGGAUGAUCUCAUCACCUUUCUCUCCACAAGUCAAAGUGAAGUGUUUUUGGUGGACCAAGCCAACCUGGAGCUCUUUAACAACAUCGCAAUCCCGGCAAAUGUAACCAACUACUACAUCUCACGGCUUUUUGCAUUCAACCCAACCUUCAGCCCUUUACAUCUUCCAGGCCUUUUGCUGUGCUCCCCUGAUGUCCCAAGUUCAGCAUAUUCUUCUAUGAAUGAAGCUGAUACCCUCCUCAUCUUGGAUAAGCUGAACAAAUUAUGCAAUGGAACAGAGGACACUGAGGUAUUUGCAACUCUGGGAUCCAACAUCCAGACCAUUACAGAAAAGACCUUUGUGACCCUGGGAAAUGCCAGCUCAGGCCUGUCCCCUGGCCAGCUCACUUCAGUUGCCCCGUCAGUGCUGAUUUCUGCUUUGUCCACCUUGAGCUCAGUCAGCAACUGGAGCCUGCAGCAGGCCACCAUUAUCAUCAAAAGCAUGACUUCCUCUGGCUUCCAGAUCAACAGCGGAGUCUCCCUGCAAUCACUUGGCACACUUGUUGCUGGAGUUCCUUCAGAGACAAUGAAAAAAAUCCCAGCUUCUGAGCUACUCAACAUCUCCAUGAGCAGCACCUUUAUUUCUAACAUGCUGGCAGCCCCAACAGUCCUCCAACAGAUCUUCGUCAACAAGAUCAUUUCUGUGGACGCAAGCCCAGCCCAUGUGAUAUUGAAUGUCCCCGAUGCCAUGGCAACUAAGAUCCCACUGUACAAGCUGAUAUUCUCUGAGGAGACUGUGAACAUCAAUGUGAUGAACAGAAAUACAUGGACGCAAGAUCAGGCUGCAGUGUUAUUUGGGACACUGAGUAACACAAACUUUGACACAGAGCAGCUUUCUCCCUCUUUGCUGCAAGGCUUCACCUGCACGUCAGUACAGAAUAUGACAACCACCAGGAUCCAAGAGCUGAUCUAUGCCUGUAGGCCAAGGACAGGCAGGGCCAAGGUGGCGCUGAAGGAAUCACAGCUGACUUGCAUGUACAACCUACUCAAUGGAAAACUGUCCCAGAACUUCACAGAUUAUCCCUCAGGCAUGCUUCUCUACUUAAACAACAAAGAUGUCAACGGAGCCAACUGCAGGUCAUACUUUUCCGCAUUGGGUGCUGCAGACUUCUCUGUGACGUCCAGCGUUUUGAACAAGGACUCACUGCUAUUCAGUAAAGCCAGGACAUGUUUGGGUAUAAGUGGUGUGAAUCUGAACAGAGACGAUGUGGAGGUGCUGGGCAACUUGGCCUGCACUCUGGACAGCUCUGACAUCCAGAACGCUGAUCCUCUCAUCCUGGAAAAACUCAAAGCCUGUAAGAACUUCUCUGACAGUCAGGUGGCUGCCAUGGAGAGACUGCUGCUGUCUGGGAAAACUCAAUACGGGAAAGUCACCACCUGGAACAUGCAAACACUGGAAAACCUUGGUAUCUUACCGCUAUAUUUCACAAGAAAUAUCUGGGACAAUUUCCAAACGACAACAAAGAAAAUGUUCCUUAAGACAUUUAUGCCUCAACUGAGGCAAACAAAUACAGAGAAGAGUAAGCUCAAAAUGCUGUUUCAACAGAUCAGCGCUCUCAAACUAAUACGAGCAGCAGGCUGCUUUGAGGGCAACAUCACCCAGGUGACAAUAAGUGACCCUUCCUUCCCCUUCGGCUACGCCCAGACGCAAUUUGACCUCUGCCUGGACAUCCCCGUUCUGAAGGACAACCUCAACUCUAUCUGUGAGAAAGUGGAUGACACUGACUUUCAGAAAAUUAUUCUGAAGAAACUCAACCAGGCAUUCCCAUCUGGUGUUUCUGAAGAGAAAGUUCAGGUGCUUGGUUCAGUGUCUCGUGCGGCGUCACUUGAUGACAUUGCCAAGUGGAGCAUCACCAAAAUUGACACCCUUGCAGCACUCAUGAAAGCUAAUGAUGGACCAUGGGAGGCAGCACAGAGCAAAGCUAUUAUCACCAUGUAUCUGAAUACUUCUGGGAACUCCCUGGGCAGCAUUGAACUCAACAGUAUUGACUCCAACCUGUGCUCAUUAGACACCAGUACUCUGAAGACGAUCACCCCAGACAGUAUCAGAAAUGCCAAACCUCUGAAUGUGGCAUCAUGUUCAUCUGAGCAGAAGAGAGUCCUGUAUGAGAUCAGCAACACUUCCUUCAGCUCACAACGUGCCGAUGCCAGUGCCUAUUACAAUUUAAUUAUGCCCUAUCUAGGUGGGGCACCUCUGUCAGAUGUAGUAGCACUGUCAACCCAGAACAUCAACAUGGACAUACCCACUUUCCAGAGAUUGGAUCCAAACGUGAUCGCUGGUUUGACAGUGACUAAUGUGCAAGGCCUGAUGGGUAACCAGCUGCGAGAUCUGAAGCUGUUUGAGAAUGAUACUGUGAUUCAGACCUGGGUGAACAUGCAGCUGCAAUCAGAACUGGACAGACUGGGUCUGGGCCUGACCACCAACAGAACCGACCCAACCACUGCACCUCCCAGCUCCGAAAGCACCACAAACACUGCUGCAUCACCUGCAAGCAGCACUGGUGCAUCAACACAGGGAACCACAAGUGCAAUCGUGACUACAAAGACAACAGCACAAGAAAACACCACAAGUCGGGGAGCAGUGCUUGCAGAACACCCAACAGCCAUAUUCCUGGCUGCUCUGCUGACAACUUUGCUGCAAAUACUACAACAACCAGCCUAAAUAUGAAAUUAGAAUCCUAAUCAAAUCCUAAAUAUGAAAUUAGCAUCCUAAUCAAUUAAUAAUCAUCAGUUAUAAAUAUUCAGUAAUUAUUCAAUUAUAUUUUAAGUAAUAAUUACAACUUGAGUGAUUCGUUAAUAUAAAUGUUAGUCUUAUUUAAUUAUUGCUGAAGAAAAUUCCUUCAUUGCAACAGCAUUUCUGCUUCUCUGCAUGUUGUAAAAUUGUUUUUGAGCAAUCACAGGAAUCAAAAUAAUAUGUUUUAAGUGGUGAUCUGGGAUGUUACUCUACAUUUACUGGGAUUUUGUAUACAUAUAUCAUAAUAACAUGUUCAAUCAUUAU